CACAGAGGUUUUUAUUGUGAAGGUAGAAACCGGACGCCGAUGUCUGACGUGCCUUUAGUUUGACAGCGUGAUGAAGCGCUGGAGUAGCAGACUGAAGGCUGUUCACGGGAUACACACUUUGAGUUAAAAUGAGCUCUAUCGGGACCGGGUACGACCUGUCGGCCUCCACCUUCUCUCCAGACGGUCGAGUGUUUCAGGUGGAAUAUGCCAUGAAGGCCGUCGAGAACAGCAGCACAGCCAUCGCGAUUCGCUGCAAGGAUGGCGUUGUGUUCGGGGUGGAAAAGCUCGUUCUGUCCAAACUGUAUGAGGAGGGCUCCAACAAACGCAUCUUCAACAUCGACAGACAUGUUGGCAUGGCGGUCGCUGGCCUGUUGGCUGACGCUCGCUCCCUUGCUGAUGUUGCCAGAGAAGAAGCCUCCAACUUCAGAUCAAACUAUGGACACGACAUCCCACUGAAGCACCUGUCAGACAGAGUGGCCAUGUAUGUCCAUGCCUACACGUUGUACAGCGCUGUGCGGCCGUUUGGCUGCAGUUUUAUCUUGGGCUCAUACGAUAAAGACGACGGUCCUCAGCUCUACAUGGUCGACCCAUCUGGCAUCUCAUAUGGCUACUGGGGCUGUGCCAUCGGAAAAGCAAAACAAGCCGCCAAGACGGAGAUCGAGAAAUUGCAGAUGAAGGAGAUGACGUGCAGGGAGCUGGUCAAAGAGGUCGCCAAAAUAAUCUACAUCGUCCAUGAUGAGGUGAAGGACAAAGCCUUCGAGUUGGAGCUCAGCUGGGUUGGAGAAGUCACAAACGGACGGCAUGAGCUAGUACCCAAAGACAUCAGAGAGGAGGCCGAGAAAUAUGCCAAGGACUCUCUGGAGGAGGAGGAUGACUCUGAUGAAGACAACAUGUAAACUCUGCUGAUGGCUCGCUCACACACAUCACAUCCUUUUUUAUGUUUUAUAGUUGAUGAACAUUCUGUGGUUGUUUUUCUUUUGAUUUGAAUUUCAGGUUUAAAAAUAAAAAUGUUGAAGAAAAA